AUGUUACCGAAUUCACCACACGUAGAAAAAGUAUACAUAGGUGAAGAAGGAUUAGUGCACGCGUACGAUCGAUCAAAAUCUGUCGCGGAAGCUAUUAUCGCUAAUGGUGCACGUGCUACUGAUGCGCCCGUUUUCGGGGGAAUGGACCCAAAAUUACUAGCCAGCAUUCUUAUUCUUCAAUGGGCAGAUGUUGGCGGCUUUGUAACCACACUGAUGGCCAAAGAUUUACGAGUUGCUGUCAAUGCAGCUAAUCGACUAUCUUACUGGGCACUGUAG